AUGGAGGCGGCUGAGCAGGAGGAGGUGCCGCAUCUACAUGUGAUGGUCGCCCGCCUGCGCGAGGAGUUGUGUAUAGAAGCGACGAUGCCGAUCAUCGGGUUGAUCGAGCAUGGAUAUGCCCAGUGCUGCUGGAAGUACUCGCCGGAGGAAGGGAUAGGUGACCCCGUCGCACGUUUGUAUCGGACCAUUGUGCCGUCGAAUGUCCGUCGCAGAGACAUGCAAGCCACCAUCGACGCUGACAGGGGUCAGCAAGCGGGACUGGAAGGUCAGACCCACCAAAGCAUCGCAAAGGAUACGGAUGAUGAUGACAGUUCGGACGUUUUAGUGUUGGACGAGGACCCGCCUUCCGGCACGGAGGUCUUGCAGAGGAGAUACUCGGAGCAGCAGAGAAACCCGCUCGAGGAAGCGCAGCAGCGGGAGGAGAGUUCGACAGAAACGCUCGAUCACGCUGCCUUCUUUCAGGGUCGCAAGUGGAAACGGAGGCCGGACUGCACCGCCUAUAUCAAGGAGAUCAAUAUGAAGCAUGGCAACAGGCAAGUGGCCAGCCACGUGACCGGCAUGCACGGCAUGCGGGGAUACAACAUCAGGUGUACCUCCCCAGAGUGUAAGUACUUCCUGCUGAUCAGGAAGAAGCGGACUAUGGAUCCCGCCGAUUCCUUCUUCUGGAUCGAUGCGAAGAGGAGCAACAUGUGCCACGAUGCGACAGUGUGCGAGUCGCGAGCCAAGGCCACUACCUCCUUCCUGUUGCAGAACAAGUCCUUCCGCUCCCUGGUGGAGACCAUGGAGUCCGACGACGUGGGAGGAAGCGGCCGAGGUGACCGUCUGACUGCCAAGGAGCUGCAAGCUAAGCUGGAAACGGAGUACAACAUUAGCGCUACCCUCGACGUGAUCUACGACGCCCGCCAACAGAUUGAGCUCGGUUCGUGGCAAGACUACAAGGACUCUUUCAAGGUGCUUCCAUCCUGGAUGUCGGAGUACGUCAAGCUCAACAAAGGCAGCGUGUUUGUCGCAGAGCCUCCCUUGCCCGAAGUUCCCGAUGACUCCAAGGUUGUGUUCCGACGGACUUUCUUCGCCAACGGAACGGUACUCCACCUGGUCCAGCAGUGCGGGCUGCGGCUGCUCGGUCAGAACUUCUGUACCUUCGGCCACCGCUGGUUCUCCGGAAGGGCCAUGGUGAUAGAAGCCUAUCUGCCCGACGGAACAAUCCUUCCAGCAGCUGUGGGCGUGUUUCCGAGCUGGAAGACUGAGGAAGAGAUUGUAGAAGGCGGCACCACGGAGAACGCGUGCUUCAUGUGGGAGGAGUUGAAACGAUCGACGCUGGGCCCUUGGCUGGCCCCUAGCUCGGGGAGCCUGACAAUCCUGACCGACAGGGGCUCUGGCAUUCUAGAAGGGGUCGAGAAGUCGCUGCCGCAUGCUGACGUCGUGUACUGCGGGCGCCAUCUUCUGUCCAGCUUGCGGAGGCACUGUGAAGACUGCAAGGAGCCGCUGCUCCAAUCGGGCAUCACGUCCCAGGAGGCGCUCGUCCUAAGGGCUCAGGCCGCGAGGACUGUCAAGGACUUUCAAGAUGCUCUCGACCUGCUCGCACAGCAGAACGGUAGUGCCGUGAAGUACAUCCAGAGCAUAGCUCCCAUCCAUUGGGCCACGUACGCGUUGGCCAAGGUCCCAGUGACAGACGAGGAAGGGAGCUCGGUCACCAUCAAGGCUGUGAGGACGUAUGGGAUCCGAAAGAUUCAUUUCACUGAGCGACAGGACCCGAGACUCCGGGCCGCCAUGGGCAAGACCUCGCACCCCCUCAACUUCUUCCAGGCAAUGGCGGAGGUUUGGAUGAGCUCGCUGCAGAGGAUCCAUGAGCUGUACUCCAACAUCCUGCUCAAGAUGGAGGCGGGGGAGGAGGCGAUCUUCGUCUCAGACGACAUUGCCAAGGAGUACAGGGAGAACGAGAGGAUCUAUCCCAGGCUGCAGGUGGUCGGGAGUGCUUCCUGCCCCAAGUUAGUUCGCAUCCGAUCCACCAUGGACGACGGCUCGUCAGAGACUUUCAACGUCAACCUGUCGGACAAGUUCUGCUCCUGCACGCACUGGCAGCUGACCACCAGGCCUUGCUCGCAUGCCAUUGCGGCGUUCCAACGGAUGCGAGAGGAGCGCGGGGAGCGGGGGGGAGGGAAGUUGGUCCAGCAGCUCUACGACGAAGUCUGGUUGUGUCAGUCGCUGAUCAAGGCAGUGGAGGAUCCUGAGUCUCUUCUGGGGUACAUUCCGAGCAUGAAGGAUGUUACAGUGCCCAGCAGAGGAGGCUACCACCACCCCAAGUACCAGGCUCGACGUACGCGGGCGCGUCCUGGCGAACCUCGGAUCCGCAUCCGAAAGAGGCGCAGUCAGGUAGUGGCAGAUCUAGAAGAGGAGCAGUAUGAAGGAAGGAGAUUUAACAGGUGCAGCAAGUGCGGGUACGUGGGGCACAAUGCUCGAACCUGCCCGUACGGUGGAGCGAAGGAGAAGGGAGAGAACCGAGAGGAGGAGGAGGAGGAGGAGGAGGAGGAGGAGGAGGAAGAGGAGGCUGCAGGACGGGCUCAAGAAUCUCAGGGGAGGAAGCGAACGGCUGACUUGCUGGAUGCGGAUGGUGCUGUGGGUAGGGAGGCAGAGGGAAUAGACAGGAUGGGGUUGGUAGGAAGGGACUGGACGGCGGGAGCAGGAAUGGACUGGGACUCUGGUGAUUCUUCGAGUUGUCUGUUCCUGCAGGAGUGGGUGGGGAGCCUGAAGUAUACGAGGGGGAUGCUGGUAGCAGCAUUGCAGGAGGGGGGACUGAAGAACAAGAUCACGACCGUGGAGUUGAGAGAGGAGGACCUGAAGGGACUGCUGCCUGGCCGCUGGUUGAAGGACCAGAUCAUCGAUGCUUACUUACAGCUGCUGAUCUUGCGGGAGGGGAAGAGACCUGGAGCAACGGCUGCUGCUCCGGAAUCGAGCGCCACGAGCGAUGGACGAAGGGGGACAUACUUCGCUUCGACGCACUUCUUCACCAAGUUGCUGCUCGGCAGGAAUGCAGGAGAGAAAGACACUGAGAUCCACCGCGAGCUGAGGAGCUGCUUCGAUCCUGCAACGUGGAGCCACUACCAACGGGUCGUCAUCCCCGUCAACGUGACGUUUGACAAGAAGGCAGCGGAAGGGACGCACUGGAGCAUGAUAGUGGUCGACCUGGAGGCUCUGACGAUAAGGUUGUACGACUCGAUGAACUUGACUCCUGCCUUGUGGCUGAGCGUCAUGGAAGGCAAGGAUGCCAGCAUGCGAGUGCCGACGUUUGUUCAGCACGAGUGGGACGCGCGGGGAUGGAGCAGGGAGCUGUGGAAGAAGAACUACGUGGGGAACGAACAGGACAGCUGCUCUUGCGGGAUCUUUGUUUGCGCCAUGGCAGACUCGCUGGGAGCUGGGAGGGAUUUGAACUCUUUCUUCCAAGAUGACAUCGACGAGAUAAGAUGUGCGAUGGAUAAGUUGCUGAGACGGAUGUACUUCGUCAAGGAUUGA